UUGCCUUUCCCAACUUCAAAGUCCAAAAACAUAAUGGAAAACUCAAAGCCCGCCAACUUCGUCCUUACACUAACCACACUGUCACUCAUAUUCACACUCUCCCAAGCCCAACUAUCCGAGACUUUCUACGCCCGUACCUGUCCCAAUGCACUGGGUACAAUCCGUGCUACCAUCCAGCAGGCCGUUAAGCGCGAGUCCCGCAUGGCGGCUUCCUUAAUCCGCCUCCAUUUUCAUGACUGCUUCGUGCAGGGCUGUGAUGCUUCGAUCUUGCUGGACGGUAUCAAUAGUGAGAAAUCGGCCGGCCCAAAUGCAAAUUCUGUAAGAGGUUACGAGGUGAUCGAGGCCGCCAAGACAGCUGUCGAGAGGAUAUGCCCUCGUGUGGUAUCGUGUGCGGAUAUUCUGGCCGUGGCAGCACGUGAUGCUGCUGUUUUGAGUGGCGGGCCGUCAUGGGCCGUGAAGCUGGGGAGAAGAGAUUCCAAAACGUUUAACCUUGAGGCCGCAAACACCGAUCUACCAAGCCCAUUUUCCACCCUUGAAGACCUCACUGCUGCUUUUGCCAAAAAAGGGCUCAAUCAAAGGGAAAUGGUCGCCCUCUCAGGUGCACACUCUAUAGGCCAAGCCCGGUGCAUGUUCUUCCAAUCGAGGAUAGACAAUAUUAACGCAUCCGACAUCGAAUCUGGCUUUGCUGCCCAACUGAAUCGCACGUGUAACGGGGAAAGUACUAAAAGGGCCCCGCUUGACUUUGCCACACCAAACACGCUGGACAACAAAUACUACAAGAACCUCGUCAGUCACAAGGGUCUCUUCCAGUCGGACCAGGUUUUAUUUAGUGUGGGGUCCACUACAGCCCCACUAGUCUCCAACUAUAGCGCCAAGCCUAAUCUCUUCAGCACCGACUUUGCAAAUUCCAUGCUCAAGAUGUCCGAGAUUGAGCUCUUGCUUGGAACAAACGGGACCAUAAGGAGAGUUUGUAAUGCCACUAGCUAGACGAUCCCAGUCCCGAUUACUUCUUUUUGAGAUCGACACUACUCUUCAUGAAAAAAAAAAAUGAGGAAAUUAAUAACUUUAGAAAAAAAAUUCAUUUUUCCAGAUUUAUACAUGCUCAAUCAAUUAUUUCAAAGAAAAAAAAUUUAAUAACUAUGAUAUUUCUUAUUCAAUAUCCAUACCGUUGCAUGUCUA